AGCCAAAUUACUAAGCGCCCUUGCUUCUCUAGAUCAUGGGUUCUUGAGUCGACAUCGAUCUGAUGAUUAGCACUUACUAUCCAACAGCCUGAAAUCGACCAUACUGGUAGUCACAUUUGUACAGAAGAGUGCCAAGACCAGCAGGGUAUCUGACUUAUGAAACAAUCUACCUUUAUAUACCGCUCAAUCUCCCAAUUUCCCUGUAGAAGUUCUGAGCCUAUCAGAUCCUUUCUUUGGGACCCUGCUACGGCGGUGAGCAUCCUAUUGUGCGGAGAUUUGAUCUACUUGGUUCUUCUGAUUCCACUCAAACGUCAAACAGGGGUCACUUUUUUGUUCAUGAGAGCCAUGGUUCGAAUCUCUGGAUGGUUUUUGUUUUUGUUUUUGGCCUUAUUCUCGUUCUUGGACAUGCUUUCCGAGCCUUGUGGCACCCUUUGAAACAUAGUUAGGAGUGUGAUGGCUCUGGAUCUGACGCACUACCCAAGGCAUCUUGUCCUGAUAUGCACACCUCGCUGUUUACAGAUAAGACGCAAGACUGGGAAUAGACCUACCAAGAUUCGCGCAAGACUCGGUCGAUCCUGCUACCAGUACAGACAAAAAGACGUAUUGGCGACUGCCACAAUCUUGUCGAGCGAGUUGGUCAUGGAAUACCGACACCAACACAUCCACGAGCAAGAGAGAGAGAAAGACAAAGGCCCGAUAUACCUAACAACCGCCACGUCGCAACCCCUCUCCCAAUCUCUCCCCCCCCACCGAUUACCAGAAAACAAACAUCUUUGCGCACGUAAACCCAGAGAACUGCCGAACAAGAUACGUAUGAUGAUGUGUUUUGUAGAUAAGACUAAUACAGAAACCCAAUGGCUCCAAAAGGAUUCCCGGACUUCUAAAUGUCCAAGCAUAGGGUUUUGUCGGUGGCUUGCACGACCAUACUGCUUCAGGCAUGUUGAUGCGGCGGGGGGGUUUGCUGAUUGUGCCUCUCUCCGCAAUUUUUGGGCUUUUUCGUUUCCAGGGUUUUCCCACGUUCGUUAUCAAGGGUAUUGCAUCAGCUGGGCAGGAACGUUGCUUCUGCAGGAAGCGGGGGGGGGGAUUCUGCUGCCUCCGCCAUGCUAAUGCUGCGUGUGUUGUUCUUUUUGUGUGACACAGCAUGAGAAGAGUCUAGA